GGAGGAAUGCUAUUAAGUGCAGUUGGGAGAGACCCUAACGAGCAAAUGUAUCCAUUGGCGUGGGCUGUUGUUGAGGGUGAAAACAAUGGAUCAUGGCAAUGGUUCAUUUCUGAAUUGAAGAAGUGUGUGCCUCAUGAUAAUAGUAAAGACUGGAUAGUAAUAUCAGAUGAACACCAGAGCAUUUUGAGGGCAGUCCAGCUGGAGCUUCCAAAAGCAGAACAUAGGCAUUGUGCUAGGCACAUCUACGCAAAUUGGAACAAGUCAUUCAAAGGGGAAGAGUUGAAAUUACUGUUUUGGAGAUGUGUCAAAGCAUACAACUUGGCUGAUUUUGAGGAAGCAAUUACGGAGAUGGAGGAUGUUAAUCCGGUUGCUGUUGAUGCCUUUAGGAAAUGUGGUCCACACUUGUUUUGUAGAUCUUUUGUCAAAUUAGAUGGAAAAUGUGAUGUUAUUUUGAGCAAUAUGGUAGAAACUUUUAACAAUUACAUCAUGAAUGCUAGAUCCCAUCAUUUAAUAGAUAUGCUUGAAGAUAUUAGAACAAUGCUAACGAAGAGGAUAGCUAAUAAGAAGGAAGAGGCAUUGAAGAAGUGGAAGGGUUUGUUAUGUCCUAAAGUACAAAAAACGUUAGAUUCAGAGAAGCAAGAAGCAGCUAAGUGCAAUGUUAUUCCUUCAACAUCGACUCGUUUCCUAGUAGCCUAUUGUAUGGAUGUUUUAGAGGUUGAUAUUGAAAAUAGAACUUGUACUUGCAAGAAAUGGGAUUUAAGAGGGAUUCCAUGUUGUCAUGCAGUUGCAUCUAUUUUUUACUUGUACAAGGAGGUUGAGUCAUUCGUUGAUCAGUGCUACACUAGAGAGGCUUAUUUGAGAGCCUAUGAAGGAAACAUCAAUCCUUGUAUUGGCGAGAGGCAUUGGCCUAAAAUUGACAAACCGAUCGAUCCUCCUCCAAUUAAGAUUGGUCCUGGUAGACCACGAAAAAACAGAAUCAAGGAUCCGCAUGAAGAUCUUAAAAAACCAGGAAAGCUCUCAAGACACGGGGUUCAAAUGACAUGUGGCAUUUGCAAUACGGUUGGACAUAACAAAAGGAAAUGUCCAGAAAAUGGUAAAGCAGUUGAGCAACCACCUCCAUUGAAAAGAAGUAGAGGAAGACCGAAAAAGAUUGUUGAUGUCGCAACGAACACACCAGAGUUAUCUCAUCACAACUUGUCUGCACAACCGAGUUCUUUAGGUAAAGGCAACAGGACAAUUAGAGUAGGGGAGGGGAGUAGAGGGGGUAGGACUAGUAGUGCAAGCGGAAGGAGUGGUGUCAGUACUGCUAAAAGGGGAAAGCCUAAGAAGAACCCUUCUGAAAUAAUAUCAACCCAAACAUCGACAACAAAGAAUUGAUGUUGUAAUAAUAAGUGUCAUUUUGCUGCUCUUUUGGAAAACAUAACUUUUUUGUAUGUAUCAAGUUACGAUUAUAUCUAUGGAUUAGAACAUUGUUCAAAUUUUACAUUUUUGAAAACAUUUUAGCUCUUUUGUGUGUAAGGAAUGCUUAUGUAUGUAAAGGUAAUUAUUGAAAAUAUUGCUAUAAGAUGUAUGGAUUGACGC